ACCUAAAUGUAUUUUAAACUUUGAACUGCGUUUAAUAUAAAUCGUUGUCAUAUUAACCGCCUUCGCGCCGGAAACAACAAUGGCUUCAGUUUUCACGGCGGAGUGAUUCGUCUUCACAUGAAACAAUCGUUUGCAGUGCGGCUGCCGGUCAGGAAACAGUAGUACGGUGGGGAAAAGUUUCCCGCCGUGUUUUAGUGUUAUCGCUGAGGUUCCCCUUUAACAGCAGCCAGAUAGUUAUUUUUAAUAACCCACCAUGAGGCGAGCGAGAAGUUCGAGAAAUAAAUGUGAGAGUGCACCAGAAAAUGGAGAAACCCAGUCAAAAACAGUGUGGCAGUGGAUGGGAGAUAAAAGACAGUGGGAACCAUACUCUCCAUCAGCCUGUGCCGUCUUGGACUCGGCCGUCUCUUCGGGGAAAACAUCUGUCACUCUCUCUCUGGGCUCGGGGACAGCCUAUGAAGUUGAUCUGAAGAAGAUGGUUCAGAUCAAUCCUGUCACAAAGUACAAACGGAAAAUUCGCUGUCAGACUGUAAAAGCAGAAAGUCCGAAUGAAGCUGGUGACGUUGCUGCUCAUAAUGAGAAACCAGCUCAAGUUAAAGAGGAAGAGGAAGACACAGAAGAGCAGCCUGCAGCUAAGAAGAGGAGAGGACAAAGCAAGAGACAGACAAAAACUGAAGAAAUGCCCAAAAAAGCCAAAGAAGAAGUAAAAAGUGAAGAAGUUGUGAAGACAGUGGUCAUGAAGGGAAAAGCACCAGUAGACUCUGAAUGUAAAGCCAAACUGGGAAAGGCUCAUGUUUACAAUGAAGGAAAUGAUGUUUACGACGUGAUGCUCAACCAGACAAAUCUUCAGUUUAACAACAAUAAAUAUUACCUGAUCCAGCUGCUGGAGGACGACAGCUCCAAGGUUUACAGUGUGUGGAUGAGAUGGGGCAGGGUGGGUAAAGUAGGUCAAAACAGCCUUACGGCCUGUGGUGGAGACCUGCUGAAGGCCAAAGAUGUCUUCAAGAAAAAGUUCUUUGAGAAGACCAAGAACGAGUGGGAGCAUCGAGAUAGUUUUGAGAAAGUAGCUGGAAAAUAUGACAUGGUGUUUAUGGACUACAGCACGAAUGAAAAGGAGGAGAAUCAGACCACAGUGGAUACUGUACCAAAAAAGAAAACCUCCAAGCUGGAUUCAAGUAUUCAGUCUCUCCUGGAGCUCAUCUGUGAUCUGAAAGCCAUGGAGGAGUGUGUGCUGGAGAUGAAGUUUGACACCAAGAAAGCUCCUCUUGGCAAGCUGACCCCAGAGCAGAUCCGAGCAGGUUACUCAGCACUGAAGAAGAUCGAGGAUUGCUUGAAGAAGAAGAAAGGGAGUAGUCGUGACCUUUUAGAAGCAUGCAAUCAAUUUUACACCCGCAUCCCACAUGACUUUGGGUUGAAAACUCCCCCACUUAUCCAAACAGAAGAAGAGCUGAAAGCCAAAAUUGCCCUUUUGGAGGCACUGAGUGACAUCCAGAUAGCAGUAAAAAUGGUCAAGUCCAGUGAAGACAGCGAUGAACAUCCUCUGGACAGACAGUAUCACUCCCUCCAGUGCAAACUGCAGCCUCUGGACUCCAGCAGCAAUGAGUACAAGGUGAUAGAGCAGUAUCUGCACACCACUCACGCCUCCACCCACUGUGACUACACCAUGACCGUGCUUGACAUUUUCUCAGUGGACAGAGACGGAGAGAGCAACAGUUUCCUGUCACAGUUAAGUAACAGGACUCUGCUGUGGCACGGUUCCCGUCUGUCUAACUGGGUCGGCAUCCUCAGUCAGGGACUUCGAGUGGCCCCCCCUGAAGCUCCUGUUACUGGUUACAUGUUUGGUAAAGGUAUCUACUUUGCUGACAUGUCAUCAAAAAGUGCCAACUACUGCUUUGCCAACCAGAACAACAAUGUUGGACUGCUGCUACUUUGUGAAGUCGCUCUGGGAGAAUCUAAUGAGCUGCUGGAUGCAGACUAUGAAGCAAACAAUCUGCCUGCUGGAAAACACAGCACCAAGGGGUUGGGACAGACUGGACCUGACCCUAAAAACUCUGUCACACUGGACGGUGUGACGGUGCCGAUGGGGCCUGGCGUGAAAACGGGAGUGGGUAAAUCUAACGCUUACUCCCUCCUCUACAACGAGUUCAUCGUUUACAAUCCUGCACAGACUCGCAUGAGGUACCUGCUGCGUGUAAAGUUUAACUACUCAUCACUGUGGUGAAGCCUUGGGAACUGUGUGCCUUUGUGAAAUAUGGAUGAAUGUUUAGGUUUUUUUGGUCAUUCUUCAUGUAGCGUUAACUUCUAUGUUUUGGGGCAUGGGUGGGGGUUGGACACCUGAAAACACUCAUUCAUAUAAGGCUGCAGCAAUUGCUCAACUGAGAAAAAUCAUUUACAGCUGUUUUGAUAAUAUAAUGAAUUUUUUUAGGGUCUUUCCCAAGACAAAAACUGUAGAUGCAUCAUCACAGGCAUGACUAGUGGAUGUUUCAUUAUACAAUAAAUUAUAUUAAAAAGGAAAAUCUUGCAUAUGGAUUGAUUUUUUUUCCCCAUCUUGGGAUUAGUGCCAGCAUUUUCACUUCUUUGACAUCUUAUUUAGAAUUGACUGCUGGUUGAAAUAACUCAAAAUAAUCACUGAUGCUGGCAGCAGGAUUUGCUAAAGGUUCUGCAUCUCCAUAUAUAAAUGAGUGUCUGAGGAAACCAUGAGGGACCAACUGAGGGAAAACAUCAACUUUGAGUUCAACUUUUUCUUGGAUUUUCUACAGUUUCUCUUAUAUCCUGGUAUCAUGUAUAUCCUGGUAUCAAAAGCUGUUGUUCGACAGAGGUUUGUUAUACUAAAUGUAUCUCUUUGACAUGGAGAGGAUACACAAAACCUUUUGCACUACUUUUUGUCCCUGUAUAUGUAUAUUACUAAACGUCCUUGGAUCAGUUGAAGGUCUCAUUAUCAUUAUUAAGGGUAGGAUGGUUUUAGUGUAGGUGUUUGUUGUAACACAAAUAUUCUUCUGGAUCUGUUAUGAGGAUGAAGGUUUUUCAAUU